CGUGGACUUCGUUUUAUGUUCCUGCUGGUGACCGCUUCUUCAUUCCUGGGAGCAGUCACUUUUCGGAGUCCUGUUGUCGAGCCAGCCGAGUUCGCUGCUGCCUCCUCUUUGCAUGUGCGCGACGACCCCGCUCGUGAUACACUAAAGCAAUGACAGCCACAUCCCCGAGAAAUGAGGGGCACGAACGCUCGACAGAUUCUACAAACCAGACUCCUCUUUCCAACAUGAAUGGCACCCACUCAGCCAUGGCUGCUCCCAUCCUCCCUGUUACCAAAGUCCCGGCGCUGGACACGAUCGAUCAAUAUGCCGUGGAAAAAUCCGUGUGUGACGCGGUAGCGAUCAGCCCAUCGGUCGAGCUGGCCUGUAGCUCCGACUUCCGGGACGUCGCAAACAGUUUGAUCGAAGGAUACGCCCAUUUUGUCUCCCGGUUUACUGGAUCUGAAGAUGUGGCCUUCUUCGUGUCUCGUCAGUCGAGCCUCACCAGCGAGUCCGAGCUGUUGCGCGGGGUCAUUUCGGCUUCGGUCGUUGCGGGGGAAGAGGGGCAGCGCCCAACUUGCGCCAUCCGCGAAGGCAGCGACCAGCACGCGGAUGGUGAUGAGGUACAAUUCUCUCUGGAUCUGGGAUUGUGCGCCGAUCCUGAAAAUGGCGAGCAACAACCCCUGGCUGGAGUCCGAGACGGUACUUUCACGACAUUCAUUCGACUGGCCACAACAAAAGACGCCCUCCAAAUCCGUUUCGCCUAUCCGAGACGACUGGUCCCUGAACCUGCGGUGGACCAGUUGCUCCGAACACUUGCGACACACCUGGCCGACUCCAGUCCCUCCCUUUCCGUCGAGGCCUUGUCGCCCGACCUUUCGAUCCUUAAUUUCCCCUCAUUUAUGAUACCCCCGUCACGCGAACCCGAGCACAACGAAUUCCCCGAGCGUCACGAUUCUAAGCAAUUUCUUCUUCAUGCCGCUUUCGAGCGCUGGGCCCGUCGAAAGCCUAAUGCCAUCGCCCUUGAUUUUGUUCAUUCGCUGCCUUCUGCCACGGCUGCAGCCGAGCACAGCAUUGUUACAUAUGCCGCCCUUGACCAAGCAGCCACCAAUCUCGCUGUACAUAUCAGGACUCUCCUAUCUGCAAACAAUGAUGCCGAUUAUGGGCGCAUCAUCCCGGUUUACAUGUCUACAUCCCCCGAACUCUACAUCUCAUACCUCGCGAUUCUCAAGGCAGGUUUUGCCUUCUCUCCCAUUCCCCUGGACGCUCCAGUACAGAGAGUUCGGGACAUCUUGCAGGACAUUGACUGUCCUAUCAUCCUGGGGAAUACUCCUGAGCCUUUCUGGGGCGCAGAUAGCGCCAAUGGUGAUACCGUCCCGCAUAUUUGGGUGAACGUUGCCGAGGUCUCCAGGUGGAAAGAUUUGGCCGAUGGUCUUCUGGAGCCCUCUGAGGAUGAGCCUCUUGGGCAACUGAACAUCCACCAUGACCAAACAGCUUAUCUACUCUUCACCAGCGGCUCGACUGGAAAACCGAAAGGUGUUCAAGUUAGCCACCUAGCGGUUGCCUGCUCCAUCGAGUCUCAUGCGACGGCCAUUCCGCUUCCAGGCGAAGCAGGAGACUUUCGCUGGUUUCAAUUCGCCGCUCCCACCUUUGAUCCCUCGCUCAUGGAAAUCUUCGUCACUUUGAGUAGCGGCGCGACUCUCUGCUCUGCGGACCGAAGCCUCACGUUGACCGACCUGGAAGCCACUGUCAACGAAGCUAGAGCAACGGUGAUGAUGGCCACGCCUAGCUUGGCUGCGCUUCUCCGCCCGUCGCGGUUGACCACGCUCCAGUCACUCUGGACGAUGGGUGAAAAGCUCAACCGGACAGUCAUUGAGAAUUUCUCCGCGAAGCCUCAUAUCAAUGGAACCACUAGCAACUCCAAGCCCUCGCGAAUGUUGGUCAAUGCGUACGGCCCGACCGAAGGAGCAAUCAACUGCACCUUUGUGGCACCAUUUGACUAUUCCGUCCGUGGCUCGAUUAUUGGCAGAGCGCUGCCAACCUGUUCAAUUUUCAUUUUAGACCCAAACAGCCAUGAUCCCAAAGUAGUUCCCGCUGGUCUUGCUGGUGAACUGGCGAUCGGAGGCCCGCAGGUCAGCAAAGGCUACCUCAACCGUCCAGUAGAAACCGCCAAGUCAUUCGUUCAUAGCGAACAAUUUGGCCGUUUGUAUCGGACCGGUGACAUGGCACGGAUUGUCUGGGACGAGACCGGCUCCCAGGUAAUUGAGUUUCUGGGUCGGAUCACAUCCGACCAGGUCAAGAUUAGCGGUCGCCGGCUGGAAUUGGGGGAAAUUGAAUCCGUCCUUGCGACGGUCCCCGGCGUCACCGAGGUAGUCGCCGUGGUCUCUGAACGCGACGAUGUCCAGGGUAGUGAACAAAUUGUCGCAUGUCUAGUCGCAAGCGACAGCGAUGUAGAAAGAGAGGAAAUUGUUCGGGAAGCGCAGCAGAGCACCGAGCGACAUCUCUCGUCUUACAUGUGCCCAGCAGCUUAUACUUUUUUUGAUGCUCUUCCUCGGUCCAGUUCAGGGAAAGUGGAUCGAAAAGCCGUUUCUGCCAAGCUGCAGCAAGGAGUUACGGAUGGUGUCAGAUUCUAUUCUGCUCCCAACUCGAAGGCUGGAGAAACGAAUGAGGUCCAUGAUGACUGGGAAGAACCGGCUGACGCAAGGCUGCUCUCCAUCCGGCAGCUUGUGGUCAACUUAAUCGCGGAGGCCACGGAUGAGGAUGUUUCGGCGAUCAGACCCGGAGCCGACUUAUAUUCGCUAGGAGUGGAUAGUCUCGGAGCGAUGCGACUUCUGCAAAAGUUGAGAGAUCAUUCGAUUGACGGUUUAUCAGUUGGUGAUGUGCUACGGUCGGGAACACUCAAAGGGUUAGUGUCUGCUGUCGCGCAGCAACGUCAAACAAACGGAACUUCGCAUGUCAAUGGGUUCGAUGACAGCCUACAACACAAAUUUGCAGCCUUCAGUGACCGAAACCAUUCAGCUUGUGCGGAGAGACUGGGCAUGAGCCCCGAGCAAAUUCAAAGGGUACUUCCAACCACCGCAACGCAGUCCGGCCUAUUGACAAGCUUUCUGCAAAGCUCGUCGGAUCGGACGUUCGCAACUCGCUCAUACAUCUAUCACUCGGUCCUGCCACUCGAACCGGAAGUCGAUACUGACCGCAUCAAAAAGGCAUGGGAAACUGUCAUUGCAAGUUACGAUUCCUUUCGGACCGUUUUCUGCUGGCUUGAUGAUGAUAUGGCGCCAUUUGCCCAGUGCAUCCUGACUCCAGCGGCACUUUCCAGCCCUGCUUGGAACGUCUAUCCCGUUCCAGAAGAGGCUUCCGAAGAAGACAUUCUUCAGCGGGCCCUUCAACAAGCCGAGGAAUCGAUUGAUCUAAGUACCCCGCCUUGGAGGCUGUCUCUGAUCACGUCUUCUACUUCAUCUCGGAUAGUCCUGAGCAUGUUCCAUGGGAUUUUUGAUGGUGGAUCGUUGCAGCUCUUGCUCGAGGAUGUGUCUUCUGUGUACUCAGGGCAAUCGCCAGCACAGCGCAUCUCGCUUGAGCACAUCGUGAAGCAUCACUUCCAAGCCGAUCAUGCAGCAGCUGCCGGGUUCUGGCAGAAGCAUCUGGAGAAUUAUUCUCCCGUCGUGUUCCCUUCUGUCACUUCUUACCGUCCCCCUUCGAUCAAGAAGACUGGCUGUGUGGAGGUUACUGCUCGUACGAGCUACGACCGCCUGAAGAGACAGUCCAAGUCCAUCGGUGCAACACCGCUUUCAGUGCUCCAGGCUGCUUGGGGGUCCGUUCUGCUGGCUUACACUGGAACCCCCGAUCAAGACGUGGUUAUGGGCAGUGUCGUAUCGGGACGACUGGAUGUGGACUCAGAAGCAUGUGUUGGUCCAACCUUUACCACUGUGCCCAUCAGACUUUCCCUUGGUCAGAUCCAAAAAGACUCGGGAGAUUCGUGGACCAACCGCUCUGUUGCGCGUCAUUUGACCACGUUCAAUACGGAAACCCUCGCCUAUCUACAGCCUCGUCUCGGAUCAUUCGUCAUGGCAGACGGCCGACUGCCAUAUGACACGCUCAUCAUCUAUCAAGACUUCAACGCUGGCUCGAUCUCGAGUGACCUUUGGAGCUCAGUCGACCACCCGGCUAUGGCAAACGACUUUGCUGUGAUGAUCGAAAUAUGGCCUGGUGCUGAUUCGUCUUUGACCUUCCGGGCCAGCUUUAGCGAGGCUCACCUAAAUCGCAGCUCGGCCGAGCUUAUGCUCGAGCAGAUGUCUGAAAUUGUUGCCUUUAUCCUCGACCAGCCUGAUGGAAACUUUCAAGAUAUCCCAUUUUCCACGCAGACUGAAAUGAAGUCAUAUUUCAACCCGAAGCCGUCUAUUGCCCCGGAAGUACUUGAGGGGGCCCUUUUGCAGUCCCAGUUUGAAGAGCACGCAGCUUCACACCCAGACGACCCUGCCUUGAUUUACAAGCAUGAUUUGGACGACGACAGUAACCCGCGCAAUAUUACAUGGUCCUACGCCAAGCUCAACGCUUUAGCGGACAACCUCGCCGAGCAAUUGCUUCAUACUGGCGCACAACUAACAAACUCGCCGAUACCGAUUUGCAUUGAAAAGAGUCCAGCCUUGUAUGUCGCUAUUCUGGGUAUUCUCAAAGCCGGUGGUGCUUGGUGUCCGAUCGAUACGUUCUCUCCUGCACAACGUCGCCAUGAUCUCAUCGCGCGUACUCGUUCAACGAUUCUUCUAGUCUCUAGUGUGGAUGGGCCACAGCCAGAAGGCUCGAUUCCCGUCGGUGUCUCAGUGGUCGAUGUUGACCGGUUUAUUGCGGGUGAACCUAACGUGGACGGAGCGCGGAGCAGAACGAAUCAUAGAACUACUCCCGACGGCAUGGCGUACUUGAUUUGGACCAGUGGUACGACAGGAGCGCCAAAAGGUGUCCCCAUCAAACAUUCUUCGGCUGUUUCGAGUAUGAAGUCUCUUCAGAAAGACAUCCCGACUGACGUGGCCGGUAGCGUACGUUGCUUGCAGUUCUCGCAGCAUACCUUUGAUGUUUCGAUCCAGGACAUCUUCUACACCUGGGGUGUGGGAGGUGUCCUGAUCUCUGCCUCGAGGGAGAUCAUGCUGGGUUCGUUUCCCAAGCUAGCAAAUAUCACAAAGGCAACGCACGCGCAUUUGACCCCUGCGUUCUCUGCCGCUGUCUCCCGGAAGGCCUGCGAGACACUUCAGGUGAUUACCAUGAUCGGUGAAAAGCUGACACAGCCCGUGGCCGACGACUGGGGUACUAAUAUGAGAGCAUACAAUACCUAUGGACCUGCUGAAGUGACCGUGGUGUCGACAAUAAGAGAGUUCGGAAAUGAACACAUCCAUGUCAAGAGCGCAAACAUCGGCUGGCCGAUGGAUACUGUGUCUGUGUUUGUUACCAAGAACCAACGCCUCGUCAUGAAGAAUGCCAUCGGCGAGCUGGCGCUGGGCGGGCCACAACUCUCUCCGGGUUACUUGAGUCAAGAGGAUGUCACCAAAGCUAAGUAUGUCUGGAACGAAGAGGCGGGGCAGAUGGUUUACUAUACCGGAGACUUGGUUCGCAUGCUUGCUGAUGGCUCGCUGGAAUACAUUAACCGGGUUGAUGACUUGGUCAAACUGGGCGGUAUCAGAGUCGAGCUGAGCGAGAUCAGCUUCGCACUCGACGAGUGCCACCCCUUGGUUGAUAAUAUCGAGACGCUUAUUCUCACCCGCCCAGACCGGCCCAACAAGGUCGUGGUUGCCUUCCUCUCCGCACCAAAGGUUGCAAGGACAGAUGGCAGCGAGCAGCUCGUAUUGCUUGAUGAUACGGCACUUGAAAUUGCCCGUGCCGCCAGCGAUAAGGCUCUAAAUGCUCUACCUAGCCACAUGAUACCAUCAGUUUAUCUAGUAGUGUCGCACAUUCCAAGAACAACCUCGGCCAAGACUGACCGCAGGGCACUGCAAGCUGCCUAUGCUGAUAUGGACAUUGAUAGCUGGGAAAACGAGAUGAACCCAGAGACCGACACGCAUGUACAGGACUCUGAGGACCAGGACAACAUGUCCAUGGCCACGCAGGUGGUGGAGAUGAUUGCAUCGCUGGCCAAUAUCUCCAAGUCAGGCAUCACGAAAUCCAGCCGUCUGCGGAGUCUGGGGAUCGAUUCAAUUCGCGCAACCCGGCUCGCUUCCAGGCUCAAGGAGGCGGGCCAUCAAUUGUCCGUUGUCGAAGUCUUAAAGUGUGUGAGUGUUCAAGAUCUUGUCAAGCUAGCCUCAUCUGGGGAGGUGGAAAAGUCCACUUUUGAGACAUUCAACGUCAGUGGGUUCAACGAUGCCUGGCACACCGCGGCAGCAAGUAGAGUAUCGGAGGAUUUCGUCACUGUGCGCGCGACCACGAUCCAGGAAAGUCUGCUCAGUGAGACAAUGGGUACAUACAACAUGUACUGGAGCAACCAUUUCUUUCUGCUUGACAGCUCAGUGGAUGCAACGCGACUGAAGCAGGCCUGGCUUGCAACCAGCCAGAAGGUGGAGGCGUUGCGGACUGGCUUUAUUCCUGUUGCUGAGGUUGACAAUGGGAACACUCGGUCCCAUGGAACGCUUGACUUUUCCAUUUUGCAGAUUAUCUACAAUCUGCCGGAUCUGGAUUGGGAAUAUGUCAAUUGUUCCGAGCAGGAUUUGGUGGAGAUUCGCGAUAAUCGGAUCGAGGAAAUCAUGACGAGACAUCAACGGUACUACUUCAGACAUCCCCCAUGGGCUGUCACUGUAUUCGACACAGGCGCGAGGCAGCUCAUGAUUCUUACCAUCCACCACUCCAUCCAUGAUGAGCCUUCACUGGGACUAAUCAUGGAUGAUGUGCGAUCCGCUUAUGCCUAUAAACCGCCCGCGAGGCAUCAACUCAGUGACGCACUCUCAAUAGUCCUGCCGGCAGAGAAGAGAAGCAAUGCAACCAAGAGCUUCUGGGAAGCUGAGCUCAAGGAAUUCUCAGAGCUGGAUGCCCCGGUUUGGCCUGAUCUCACCGGAAAGAGACUGCAACCAGGAGAAGUCCCCAGGCACGAAUUGAUUUCGGAGGAGCUUCCGAUGACAGAGCCGGUUGCAAAGCUACAAUUGUUCGCAUCUUACCUUGGAGUCUCAUCCAUCGCCUCGAUCAUUCGAGCUGCAUGGGCCUAUGUCUCGUUGGGUUACCUCGGUGUGCCAGCCACUGUUUUUGCCGAGACCCUCUCUGACAGAGUCUUGCACGCCGACCUGGAAGACUGCAUCGGGCCACUCAUCUCAGUGGUACCGAUUCCCUUCAAUCCAACAGGUACCACUCGUGAGCUUCUCGCUGAGCAGCAUCGGCUUUCUGUUGAGUCCUGGAAGUACCGCCAUAUCCAUGCUCGUGUGGUUCGAAAAUGGCUCAACAGGCCCAGGGGAGAGCCCCUCUAUCCAGCAGUGUUCAACUUCCAUGUUGCAAAUGAAGAGCCUGUGAACGUCACCGAGUCAAGCAUUUGGCGUGAACUUGAAGAUGAGGUCGGCCUGCAUGUUGAGCACCCCAUGGCCAUGAACGUCUUCCAACGUACGGAUGGCUCCAUCGUCCUCGAGGCAACUGCAGACAGCAGCAUGAUGUGCCGGGCGCAGUUGUCUCUUUUCGUUCGUCAGAUUGACGGUCUUAUCAGUUCAAUGAUAGCGUCUCCGGAUGAACCACUGAAAAGCCUCAUCAACUGUUUCCCAGCGGCUUUGCGGUCUCUAUCGAACCAGCCGGUCAGCGAGCAAGUAGCGAACUCGGUGCACAUGAGUCCAACGCACUGGCUGGAGGUAUACGCUGAGCAACACCCUGACUGGACGGCUGUUGAGGUGGCUAGCAGCAUAUCCUCGAGCGGUGUGGAAAAGGAGACCAUGAGCUACGGUACCCUGAACUCUGAAGCAAAUCGUGUUGCGGCCUUUUUGGCGUCUCUCGGCCAUAAGAACAGGAUGAUUGCAGUCUGCUCGGGGCGAAACCUGCCUUCAUAUCCGAUCAUCAUCGGUAUCUUCAAGUCAGGGAACACGUAUCUUCCAAUUGAAGAGGGUCUUCCGACAGACCGCAAGACAUUCCUCAUUGAGGAUAGUGAUUGCCCUGUUGUUUUCACGGAAACAGCCUUUUCAGCCACAUUUGCAAAUAUCCCGAACAGUUGUCGCGUGAUUUGUAUCGAUGAUCCGGAGCUUUCAACCUCCCUUGCCACAAUGCCAACCGAAAACCAAGACUAUCAUUCUGACCCCGACGACCUGGCAUAUCUGCUUUUCACAUCCGGCUCGACAGGUAAACCCAAGGGUGUGAUGGUGACCCGAGGCAACCUUUCGGCCUUUAUCGAAUCCUUCGGGGAAUUCACAUGUGGAUAUGCCCCUGUUACGUACGAGUUGGGCGGCACUGGGAAAUACCUUGCACAGGCUAGCCGGGCCUUUGAUCCCCAUCUCCUGGAAAUGUUCUUCCCCUGGCGCCAUGGCAUGGCCACCGCGACAGCUCCUAGGAUGAUGAUUCUGGACGAUCUUGGCUUAACGCUUUCCAAAUGGGACAUCACACAUGCAAGUUUGGUGCCAUCUCUUGUGGACCAGGCAAACAUUGUCCCCGAACAAUGUCCCAAGUUGCGGUUCAUGACUGUUGGAGGUGAAAAGAUCUCACAAAAGGUGUUGGACACAUGGGCAGCAUCACACAUGGCGCUUGUCAACGCAUACGGCCCGACUGAAUUGACCAUUGGCUGCACCUUUGCUCGUGUUGGAAAGGACACUAACCUCCGCAACAUUGGACCCCCGUUGGCCGCCUGUGUUUGUCACGUCCUUAUCCCUGGUACUCUUGACUAUGCUCUGAGGGGCCAGGCUGGAGAGCUGUGCUUUACUGGGGACCUUGUUGCAAGGGGAUAUCUUAAUAGACCAGAUGCAACCGGGUUCGUCAUCGGACCUCAUGGUGAGAAGAUGUACCGUACUGGUGAUAUAGGACGCUUGAUGCCCGACGACUCAGUCGAGUAUCUCGGCCGUGCCGACGACCAAACCAAGAUCCGUGGUCAACGAUUAGAACUUGGAGAGGUAUCCGAGGUACUUCGCUCAUCGUCGACUGUCAGUAUUGAUGUUGUUACGACUGUUGCCAAACACCCUGGUCUUUCGAGAGUCCAGCUGAUUUCUUUCAUUGCGCGUUCUGAAACUCGCCAGCGUGAAAAGAGUGGGAAUGUUACCUUUCUUCAAUCCGACUUUGGAACAUUGGGCAAGGAACUUCAAGACAUUUGCAAGAGAAAGCUGCCGAGUUACAUGGUGCCUGAGCUCAUUCUCCCGAUCACGUAUAUUCCUCUGGCACCAAUGUCAGGCAAGGCCAGUAUCAAAGAGCUGCACAGCCUCUUCGCGAGCCUUCCACUCCCUACUGUCCUUCAAGGCAACAACUCGCCAAGUAACGGUGCCACUAUCAACCGGUCUUUGACUGCCGAUGAGGAAGCUGCCGUGAAGGAGGUCUGCAGUGUUGUGUCGGCGGAUCCCUCCAUCUUUGGGCCCAUGACAAAUAUCUUCGAGGUUGGCCUGGACAGUCUAAGUGCCAUAGGACUUACGAUCAAGCUCCGGAGAAUUGGCUAUGAAGUUACGGUCGCCAUGGUCAUGAGCAAUCCGGUCAUUGAGCAGCUGGCACGCUUGCCUAAGAGUUCCUCUUUAUCGGAAACAGAGAGCAUUGUCUCCAAAACACGACAGGCCUUCCAUGAACUUGAGUCUCAAUACCGACAACACCCCUCGUCAGGCGUCGAGCCGUCUGAUGUGUCUACAGUCAGACCGUGUCUCCCGCUCCAGGAAGGUCUGGUCGCGCGCUCGAUCAAUAGCGAAGGGGAUCAGCUCUAUGUCAACCACGUUGUUCUCCAACUCGGGGCUGAUGUCGAUGCCGAUAAGCUGAGAUCCGCGUGGCAGGCUGUUGUUAAUGAAAAUGAUAUUUUGAGGACUUCGUUCGCUCCUUUGGACAAGCAGAUGGUGCAGGUCGUCUUCACAGCCGACUCCCACCAGGUCCAAUGGCAGGAGGAGGUAUAUGGUAGCUUGACUGAGUCGAUCGAACUGAACAGAGCAAAGCAAGGCCAAAUCUCCCAGGACAUUAUUUCGAGCAUCUCCACGACGCCACCAGUGCGGUUCCUACUGGCCAAGUCCUCGGAAACCAAACGACCGCUUGCUCUCUUCAUCGACAUUCAUCACGCCCUAUAUGAUGGCGAGUCUUUCAUGAUGCUACUGGAGGAUGUUGCAGCACACUAUGCAGCUCAGCCAAUUCCCCAAAGAGGGUCACCGUCGGCUUUCCUCGAGUAUAUAUACGCUCAGGAUACGGAGAAAGCCAAGCAACACUGGGUCCAAUAUCUGGAGGGGUGCCAUCCUACGAUCUUCCGUGCUGACCCCAGUGUCAUGGAACUUCCGAUUGCCGUACACAGGAAGCUCAGUAGCAAGCUUUCUGAGCUGGAACGCCGUUCUGCGACUCUCCAGACUACAGUACCAUCCUUGGUGCAGGCAAUUUUCGCACUUUUACUAGCCGAUACUGUGGGUGUGGCAGAUGUCACGUACGGAUUGGUGCUUUCCGGUAGGGCCGUGCCGGUGCCAGGAGCAUCCUCCGUGCUUCUCCCUUGCAUCACUACCGUGCCCGGACGCCUUGAUACCGCUGGCCUAAACACGGUUGAUGAUGUGGUGGAGAACGUUCAGAAGUCUACUGUGAGGUCGCUUGAUUUCCAGCACACUUCCCUGAGGCAUAUACAGAGAUGGACCAACGCAAAGACUCCUCUGUUCGACUGUCUAUUCUCAUACAUUCGGACUACUACGCCAUCAGAACACCACUUAUGGCAGGAGCUUGACAGUCAUAUGCCUGCCGAGUAUCCGCUGGCAGUCGAGGUCGAAGCCAACCAUGCCACGGACACGGUUCAACUCGGCUGUUAUUUCUCCUCUGCUUUUGGCUCCUCGUACAAUGGAGACGACUUCCUCGAGAAAAUGGAUGCUGUGCUCUCGAGCGUCGUAUCAGGAGAGAGCCUUUCGUUGGAGAACUUCAAUGUCUCUCACUCAUCGGUGCCUGACUCACCUUCUGCCGUGCAGUGGGAUGACAACACAUGGUCUCCCACAGAAACAACGAUCCGUGAUUAUACAAUGGCUUUCUGCGAGUUGACUUCAGCUGAGGUCACCAAGGGCGCUUCUUUCCUGAGUCUGGGCGUCGACUCGGUGACGGCGAUUCAAUUUGCGCGCCAAUUACGCGAAGGAGGGCUUCAGGUCUCUUCUGCCGACGUCAUGCGUUUCUCUUGUGUCGGUGCAUUGGCUCGGCAUGUGGAGCAGGCUUCAAGUCGCUCUCUCGUCAACGGAGUCGAUGGGGGUGACGAGACUAGUAUCAAGAUUCCCGUUGACAUCUAUAAGGACCACGUCCGCCUUCUGGCAGAGGAUGACUCGAUCUCGGUGAUGUUCGAGACUACGCCCCUGCAGUCCGGAAUGAUCACUCAGACUCUUGGUUCGUCCGGAGAGGUCUACGUUCACCCGCACCCGAUUCAGCUGAAGGACUCGGUCGAUACUACCCGGCUCAAGGACGCUCUUCUUAGAGUUAUCGAGGCGAAUGAUAUUCUGCGUACAUCCUUCCACCAGAUCGCAGAGCUUGGAUCCUCUUGGAUUGGUGCCGUGCAUACUAAUUCUUCGUUUGAAUGGAAGGAGAUCACGUUGCCUUCUGGCGCUGAUGUGUUGUCCGAGGUCGGCUCUCUGUAUACAUUCAACGACGAGUCUUCAUUCGAGGUUCCGCCGAUUUGGUCCAUUCUGGUCAACCAGCCGGAAGGCAGACUACUUGUCAUUGUCCUACAUCACGCUCUCUAUGAUGGUGCAUCGAUCCCCUUACUCUUCGAAGAUCUGGCGGUGUGCUACGAGGGUGGCAACCCCUCGGAAAGGCCACAGUUCUCGGAAACGGUGAAGCAUAUCUUGAGCGGGCAGGAGGAAGCUUGCAACUUCUGGACGCAAAUUCUACUCGGAUACGAAGUGACUGAUAUACCUGAACUGCCUGAGCUUGAGUCAUCCGACCGCAUGUUCCUUUCUGAGCGCCGGGUGGACCUUGACUUGUCGGCCGUGGUUGAGGCUUGCAAGGCCAUGGAGGUUACUGUUCAAAGCGUGUCCCUCCUGACAUACGCCAAGGUGCUAGCUAGUGUGCUCGGAAAGCGAGAUGUCGCCUUUGGACAAGUUCUCGCAGGCCGCUCACUGCCCGUCGCUGGUGCAGAACGAACCCUUGGUCCAUUGUUCAACACCGUCGCUCAGAGAGUCACUUUCGAGCCCAAGUUCUUGAGCAACAAAGCCAUGGCCCAGCGGGUGCAGCAGCUUACGAUCGACUCGCAGGACUAUCAGCACGCGCCGUUGCGAAUUGUACAAAACUCUUUAAGGCAGGCCAACAUGACCUCGUCUGGUCUCUUCGACACUCUUUUCGUUUUCCAGAAGAGUGCGGACUUUGCGGGCAGUGUCAUCGAAGAGCAACAGAUUUGGACGCCUUAUGAAGUGGAUGACUAUGCGGCACAGGCCGAAUACAAGCUCAACAUCGAAGUCGAUCAUGCCCGUGACGGACUUGUCGUACGAGCCACUUGCAAUGGCCGUUACAUUUCCCAAGAAACGCUUGACCAUCUCCUGGAUCAGUAUGCUACUGUUUUCCGUGACAUCAUCGAACAUCCAACCAGAUGCGCUACGGUUGUGCCCGACGGUCUUGGUGAACUCCCAGUCAAGUUGUCCGUGGAGCAGUCUCUCGAUUCCGACCCCGAGGCAUCCGAAGCACCUCCCCAUGAAGCCAUCGUCCAGUCCGUGCUGGCCGAAAUUGCCGGUGUUUCUGUCGACCACAUCACACCGAACACAAGCAUCUUCAAUAUUGGCUUAGACUCCUUGUCAGCUAUCCGAAUCGCUUCGAUCUGUCGGUCUAAGGGCUUGAGGACUGGUGUGGCCGACAUUCUCCAAGGAAAUACUCUGCGUGGUAUCAGCCAGCGCAUCCGGCCAAUGUCCGAGGAGACAGUCCAACCUCCAGGCUCAUUAUUCCAAAAGUACGAGGAGGUAGAGAAGACCGUACUCCAGCAGCUGAACCUGAGUAGGGACUCUGUUGAGGCCAUCCUACCUUGUCUAGGUGGCCAAUUUCAUCAUCUAGUCGGCUGGCUGAAGUCUGGACGGACGCUGUUCGAACCUGCCUGGGCAUACUUUUGCACCGAGCGCAUCGACGGCGCGAUGAUGGAGGAAGCCUGGUUCCAACUCCGCCAAAGACACCCGAUCCUCCGCACUUGCUUCGCAGCGACAUCUUCGUCCGAAGCCGUGCAGGUCGUUCUCAAACAGGCCAUGCGUGACACGAACACCUUCAAGAUCAUCCAGUCCUCUGCCUCCAUCAUCGAAACAGCUCAAGCACAGGCCAGAGAAGAGGCCCUUCGCCCAUCGACCCUAUUCUCCCCUCCCGUCCGACUCCGCCUUUUGAACGCCAGGGACAGAGACGGCAUCCUCAUCCUCAUCCACCACGCCGCAUACGAUGCCUGGACCAUGCCAAUGUUUGUCACCGAGCUGGCACAACUCUACCAGCGCCAAGCUCCCGAAACCAACCCCGACUUCCCUGCGUUCGUCGACUUCUCCAUGCGCUCUCUCCAGAACCUCGACGAACAGAAAUACUGGUCCUCCGCUCUCAAAGCCGCCACACCGACUCUCAUCCGCAACUCCCGCUCCAAAUCCACCCCCACCCCAGACCAACUCUUCAUCGGCGCCUGGGAAAAGGUCCAAAACCUCUCCCAACUCGAAACCAAAUGCCGCUCCUCCAACCUCAGCCUGCAAACCGUCGUCCUCCUCGCCAUCGCUCGCUGCAUCGCCCGGCUCACCGACAUCCAAAACUCAACCAUGGGUCUCUACCAAACCGGCCGAUCCGCCUCAUUCAACAACAUCGAAAGCCUCUCCGGUCCCUGCCUCAACGUAAACCCCUUCACCAUCCCCAACGCCAACCCCAACUCCACCACCACUCCCACCGACCUCCUCACUCAAGCCCGCGCCAUUCAAUCCUCCCUCGCGGAACGCGUCUCCUACGAACAAAGCUCCCUCCGCAACGUCCUCCAAUGGACCACCACCCCCGAGAAACCCCUCUUCAACACCUGGGUCAACCUCCUCUGGAUGCAGACCGCCAUCCCAUCCCCGGCCGAGGCGGUCCCAGACCCCGACGAUCUCUUCAUCCCGCUGCGCAUCGGUGUCCCGACGGACUUUAUCCCUGCGGAACCGUUAGCGGACGCCGUCACGGCCGUGUCGGCUCUGGAUACGAGCUACUUGCCUUCGGAGAAUGUGUUUAUUGAUGUGGGACCGGACGUGAAUUCGGAUUCGAUUGGGUUUGGAGUGCGUGUUGAGGGUGGAGUCUUGGAUGAGGAGGGGGUGAAUGCCCUGGUUGAUGACAUAGCGAUGGAGAUUCAGACGAUUGUGGGGUUGUUGCCGUGAGAAAGGAACUAAAUACGGACGAUGAAAUCGACCCGACAAAAGGAAGAAGAUAGUAGGAAAGAAGGGUCAUAUAGACACGGAUAUAGAUGUGAUUUAGUGUUGAUUUUGCAUGUACAGUUGAUUUGUUACUAUGACUUGGUUGUGAUUUUCUCUGUGAUAUUUAUUGUUUGGUUUGGUUAGAGCAUCGUUCUAGACUAUCUAUUACUUGGAUCAUAU